UGGUUGUUGUUGUUUGGCGUGAGCAAGAUGGCAGCGGACGGUGGGGUCUCAGCGCAACUGCUGAGGGAGUUCACUGCCAUUACUGGUGCCAGUGAAAGUGUGGGCAAACACAUGUUAGAAGCAUGUAAUCACAACUUAGAAAUGGCAGUUACCAUGUUCUUGGAUGGGGGCAGUAUAGGAGAAGAACCAAGCACAAGCUCAGCUGGAACAUCUUCUCGUCCUGCAGCAGAUGAUGAGGUCCGAGCACCAAUUCCGCAGAAACAAGAAAUUCUUGUAGAGGCUGAAAUAUUUGGUGCUCCUAAACGACGAAGACCAGCUCGUUCAAUAUUUGAUGGUUUUCGUGAUUUCCAAACUGAAGCAAUGCGACAGGAGCAGGAGCUACGUAAUGGAGGGUCAGUGGAUAAGAAGCUUACAACAUUAGCUGAUCUAUUCAGACCUCCUGUUGACAUUAUGCACAAAGGGAGCUUUGAGACGGCCAAGAAGUGUGGACAACUUCAGAAUAAGUGGCUAAUGAUCAAUAUCCAGAAUGUUCAGGACUUUGCAUGUCAGUGUCUUAACAGAGACAUCUGGAGCAAUGAGACUGUGAAGACUCUCAUCCGAGAACAUUUCAUUUUUUGGCAGGUUUAUCAUGAUAGUGAAGAGGGGCAGAGAUACAUACAGUUUUAUAAAUUAUCCGACUUCCCAUAUGUCUCCAUUCUAGAUCCCCGUACAGGCCAGAAGUUGGUAGAGUGGCAUCAGCUAGAUGUGACUUCCUUUCUAGAGCAAGUGACCGGAUUCUUAGGGGAGCAUGGUCAGCUUGAUGGCCUCUCUAGCAGCCCUCCAAAAAAAAGAUUGCGAUCUGAAAGUCUAAUCGAUGCUAGUGAGGACAGUCAGCUGGAAGCUGCUAUCCGUGCCUCUCUACAGGAGACUCACUUUGACUCUGACUCUGUGCCCAACAAGAAGAUAUCUCGCUAUGAGGAAGAGUCAGAUUCUGAGCUGUAUUCUGGCAGUGAGGAGUUCAUUUCUGUUUGUGGGUCUGAUCGUGAGGAGGAGGAGGAAAGGCCAGCAGAGGAAUCCUCUGAGCAGGAGAAAUGUUGCACGAACGCUAGGAAAUCUCCUCACAAAGAAAUCAUCACCAGAGAAGAUGAAGUUGACAGCGCCCAGCCUGAAGUUGCUGACAAUGCAGGAGAGCCUACCUCAAAUCACUGGACAACAGACGACACCUCUCAGUCUGAUGAGCUACUCAGGGGCCCAGAUUGUUCAGGGGAAGGGGCUGAUAAUGGACCAAAAGCAAAGUUGAUGCUACGCUACCCUGAUGGGAAAAGGGAACAGAUUGCCUUACCUGAACAGGCCAAACUUAUGGCUUUGGUCAGACAUGUGCAGCUGAAAGGUUACUCUAAUGAGCGAUUUGAGCUACUCACCAACUUCCCACGGCGCAAACUAUCACAUCUGGACUAUGAUGUUACGCUACAAGAAGCUGGCUUGUGUCCACAAGAGACAGUUUUCAUACAGGAAAGGAAUUAAUAGUUCCUUGUCGCUAUUUCCUCAUCAAGGUUACUUUUUUCUCCCAAUAAGUUACUGCUACUCACAUUUGUCUUCUGCCUCAUCAUUGGUGCAAAAUGUUGGGUACUACAAGUUACAGUUGGCCUUCCAUUUUACUGGCUCAGUAAGUUAUGAACACUGUGAUAUAAAGGAGUCCUGAUAUUUUCUCUGUGACGAAGAAAUGUGUUUCCUCCUGCAGUUUUUAUUUAUGACCUAACCUCACCUUCAGACUUUUUUUUUGCCACCUGCAUAAGUUAACCUCAACUGGAGAAAGCAAAACACUUCCAUUUUAGUUGAAGACUACGGUUCUUUUCUUCAGAACGGUAACAUGAGUUAGGAGACUAUUGGAUUCUACAAAGCUAAUGUAUAUCUUGCAGCCCUUCUCUUCUGAUCUAAAGCUCACUAUGACCCUGCUGUGUUUAUUUAAAACCAGUCUGAUAAAUCACAAUUAACCCUCCCCUGCUUGUGGUUUAGCAGUUUAGACCAACUUUAGAUAUUGACUUGGUUUCCUCUGUAAUUAAAGUUUCUUCCCUAUGUUAGGACUAUGGCUCAACUUUGUGCAGCAAUGCUGUGAAUUUCAGCUUCUUCCCAAUCAAGAGGUUCUGAGUAAACAGACAUAAUUUUUUUGUGUUAAAAUAGACACUUUUUUUUUUAGAUGCGUCAUUCACCUACGGAGAGUUCUUAUAGUCUGUGAUUCAUUGUUCUACCCACUUCCUGAGAGAAUAGUGUUGCAAAUUACUUGGAGCCAGUGUGGAGGAACCAAAAGAUUUUUUUCUCUUGCUUGUAAGUUAAUGCAUCAUUGUUGUCAUUUUUCAUAAAACUAGAUAAUAAAUACCACCUGAAAAUGUUACUGUUAGGAUUUGAUGUUAAUGGAGCAAAUUCUCACAGGUGUUUCUAAGGGUUUUGUUUUAAAGGGACAUUGAAGUUUUGCAGAAAAAGAGUAGUACCAUGUUAGUUUAUUAGAGGAAAGAAAGGACUAUUUUGAAUAAAAUAUAAUAGAAUCAAUGCACAGGGGAUACCAUUAAGGGCUAACCGAUAGGUAAUAUGAUUGCUUUCAGGACACUGAAUCUGCCUUUUAAAUUCCCUAUUAGUUAGCCAUUAAAGGCAUCACCUGUACUCACUUUUUUUUUGCUUAAAGGAUCACUCAAUGCAGUAGCAUUGCAUAAUUUACAAAUGCAUAAUAAAAAGACAAGGCAAUAACACCUACUCUGACUUUUAAAUAAGCAGUAGAUUUUAUCACAGACUAGUAUACGUAUACCCUGUGAGCUUGUGCACAUGCUCAGUAGGAUCUUGUUCCCCAGAAAGUGUGAAUAUAAAAAUACUGCAUAAUUUGAUAAUGGAAGUAAAUUGGAAAGUGUCUUAAAACUGCGUGUUCUUACUGCUCUUUAAAGGGACAGUCUACCAUAGAAUUGUUCUUGUUUUAAAAGAUAGAUAAUCCCUUUAUUACCCAUUCCACAGUUUUACAUAACCAACACAGUUAUAUUAAUAUACUUUUUACCUCUGUGAUUAACUUGUAUCUAAGAACCUUCUUCCAGCCCCCUGAUCACAUAACUGUUUAUUAUCUAUUGUCUUAAAUUUACCAUUGUUUUGUGCUAGAUCUUAAAUAACCCCCUGUGCCUGAACACAGUGUUUUCUAUAUGGCCCACAUGUACUUUCUGUCUCUUUGGGUUUGAAAAGAAAUUUAAAAAGCCUGUGAUAAGAGGCAGCCCUCAAAGGCUUAGAAAUUAGCAUAUGAGCCCACCUAUGUUUAGUUUAAACUAAGAAUACCAAGAGAAAAAAGCAAAUUUGAUGAUAAAAGUAAAUUGGAAAGUUGAUUAAAAUUAAAAGUCCUAUCGGAAUAAUGAAAGUUUAAUUUAUACUCGACUGUCCCUUUAAAGGACCUAAGCUUUCUUAAAGUGAUGCAUUCAUUGUAAUGCUGACACCUCAGUGUUUCUAUAAAGACUAAAUUACAAACAAGUAUUUAAAUGUAACUUACCUUGAAUGUAAAGCCUCCAGACUGUAUAAAGCUAAUUUAAAAAACAUCUGCAAUGGUCAUUACCUUUGAGCAGUUUAUCUCUUCCCUUAGGCACUCGGAGCAUAGUACAGCUGAAAAUAAUGGCUCACGCUAUAUGGCUUUAUUAGUUGUGUAGGUUAAAAAAACGUCAGUAUGGACAUUACAAGUGCAAAGUAAGUUUCAGUCAAAAUAAGUAUGAAUUAAACAUGCAUAUUUUUCCCUGUACAGCAGUCCUCAUAGGGCACGGAAGUGACACACGUUUACUCUAACCAGGAGCAAAUCAGACUUUAUGUGAGUCCUAUAUUUGCUAAACAUUCAUUUUCUCAAAGCAUACAGGGCUGCUUUAUAUUUCUUUAUUCUGUCCCUGUAUUGUGAAUGUAGUUCUUACCCAAAUUCACAUUUGGGGUUUAUUAGAGAGUACAGAAGUCCUAACAGGGCUGCUAGGUAGAACUGUAAUGCACCACAUGGUAGAUGUGAACUUACAUUGGAGUCAUGUUUUAACAAAGACAAAGGGGCCGAAUUAUCAGCUCCGAAUGGAGGUUGAUGUCCCAUGUUUCUGGCGAGCCUGUCCAUCUGCUUUGAGGCGGCAGACAGACAUCGAAUCCGAUCAGGUUGAUUGACACCCCCUGCUAGCGGCCGUUCUGCAGGGGAAAGGUAUUACAUAUGCUCUCAGCAUUUAUCAUUGCACCAGCAGUUCUGGUGAACUGCUGGUGCAAUGAUAAAUUCUGAGAGCGUAUGCUGUCAGCAUUUAUCGAUGUGCAGCGGACAUGAUCCGCAAUAUCGGAUCAUGUCCGCUCACAUCAUGAUAAAUAGGCCCCAAAGUCUUACCUGUUCACUCCAGGGGAUGCAUUUUUAUUGGCCAUGGAUAAGUCAACUCAUUCCACUGGAGACUAGAUCAAUCACAAAAUGUUAAUUACACAUAGUAGAAAACAACAUAUAUUCAUUAUUUAUUUGUUUUUCUCAUAAUUUCCCUCUGCAAGUUCUGCUUUUUCACCCCAAAAUUGUUGGUAGUGCAUAUUGCAUACUUAGGUAUGCAGCCCUUUUUUACAUUGAUUCGUGCUACACAUGAAUUGCUUAGAUCAAUGUAGGAUCUCUGCAAGGGAAUCAAUAUAAACCUUCUCAAAAAAGGUUUUGAGGAGUUCAUCCCUGGGCUGCUCUGAUUUUGCCAAACUUUCUAACAAUAGGACAAUUUAAUAUGUUUUUAGAGAACAUUUGUUCUUUAUGCAGAUCCUUUGCAAUGCAGUGCUUAACUAGUAAUUUAUGCUAUGCAGAUAUGAAAGUUUAAUGUAACGUCCCUUUAGUAUAAUAUAACUAAGCAGUCCAUACAUUAUUCUAACAUCAAUAAAGCUUCACAGACCCUUUAUACAUACUUUUUUUGUAAACAAAAUAGCUAAAAUAGUGAAAAGCAAAAUUCUUUCGGAAAGAUCAAAAGUAAACUUUUCAUGCAAUAUUAAACACUUUUUCCCUGUAGCAGAUCACAAUUCAACACUUUAAUGUUAAAGGGACUUUUCGAUAUAUGCUAUGCUAGGACUUAUUAGCUCUAUUAUCCAGUUAACAUGCUUUUUUUAUAUUUAUUUUUUCCUCAAACUCUGAAAACUGCAUGAGCAUGUGGUGGAUAUGCACCUAUUAGAGAAUAGUACCUGGUAUCAUUUUUUUUAAUAAAAAACAAAAAUAAAGUUCUGCUUUUGACAGCAAGUUGGUUGCAGACAUGCUUAGUAUAUUAUUUUGGACUAUAUAAUUCCAGAAUAGUUUAAACAGAAAUGUCCCUUUUAGCUUAGUAUAACAUAAAAACUGACAUCUUUACAUUUUACCAUAUGGAAAACUGAAGGAUAGAACUCCUGGGGGCAUAUAUUAUUAUUAUUAUUAUGAUUAUUAUUAUUACUCAGAGCUGUUAUGUGUGUUAGUGCUGGUUCCUCCUCAGCAUGCUGAAUGAAUCAGUAACCAAGCCCACAACUCAAGUUACUGGAAUAUAUUUAUAUCAGUAGCUGUUCUUAAACCCGCAAGCCUGGAGGAUAAAUCUGAAGCUUUUUGGAAGCACAUGAUGCAUUUGUCAUUCUGCCUUUUCCUUCUCUAAAAUACAAUAACCUGAUUUGCAGAAAUACAAAUGUAUUGUCAUUAGUCGUCUUGUGGUUUUUUAUGUAAACAUUGAUGUUUAAAAUCACUAGAAUUAUUCAUUGUGUAGGCGAGUUUUGUACCUAAAACAAGUGACACAAAAUGAGAUUACAGGGCCAUAAUAAUUGUUUAUUUUACAACAGCAGUUUUUUUUUACCUUUCUCUGUGUAUAUAACCACUGUUGCACCUGGCACUUCUGUACUGCACCCAAAAAGGAACAGGUACAGAUCAGUGUGGCCUCUACCAUUUUUACAGGACUGCUGUCUGACUUGCCAUAAUAAUGAUACAGAACUGAACAGUUUCAACAACGUUUAGUGUGUUUUAGUGAUGAUAAAGUAAAAAAGGGGAGUAGCAGUAAAAAUAGAUCAGCUGUGCAUUAUGUAUCAGUCUUCUGUACUAUUGUUAAUUUCAGUACAAAUUGCUAUUUUCAAAACAUUAACAUUCCAAAAACAAAUUAAUAAAAAUAUGAUAUAUGGAUUCACUAAAAUAGACAGUGUGUCUAUAGAAGUAAAUUGUUUUUAAUGGGAAAUUCUAGUCACUGACUUUGUGAGACUAAAAAUGGCAAUAUAAAGCUUUGUUGGCCCCAGCCUGGCAGAAUAUAAAACUGACAUGUUUAACCUUUUUAAGUGAAGUUUUUGUUUUUGUUGUUUUUUGUUUUUUACCCAAAGUGCAUAAAACGUAGAUACACAAAUCCAGAAAAAAAAUAUACAUUACAUCCCAGAGAAGGCAAGAACCAAUUUUACGGCGCAAUGCAAAUAAAUGAUAAUAAUUUAAAAUUGUUAUAUUCAGGGAACAAAAUAUGCAUUGAUUUGCAGUCCUGUGACACUCCUUAAAGGUACAUGAAACCCAUGAUCCAGAUAGAACAUACAUUAUCAAGCAACUUUACAAUUUACUUUAUCAAUGAUCAAUUUUGUUUAAUUCUCUUGGUAUCAUCUAUUGAAGGAGCAGCAAUGCACUACUGUGAGCUAGAUGAGCACAAUCAUUAAGCCAAUGGCAAGAGGCAUAUAUAUGAAGCCACCAAUUAGCACCUAGCUCUCAGCUCAUGAGCUUACCUAGGUAUGCUUUUCCACAAAGGAUACCAAAAGAACAAAAUAAUUUAGAAAAUAGAAGUACAUUGGAAAGUUGUUUCAAAUUGCUUGCUCUGUCUCAAUUAUGAAAUAAACCUUUUGGGCUUCAUAUCCCUUUAAAAACCCUCUUUAAUGAUGUUUGUUAGAUGCAGAUCUCCAUGUAUAAACAGUCACCGUGCAGCAUGUAGCAGUGUCAGGCUUCUGGAUUCUAGCACUCCAUCCUUUCUUGGGUGAAUGGAAACACUAGAAUUUAAAUUGUAGAAAACGCAGGCAAAAUAAAGAUGGUGGAUUGCAAAAUAUUUGUAUCCUUAAAGGGACAUUAAACAGCUGGGAACAACUAUAAUAGCAAGUUUUCUAUUCACCAGGAUAUUGUUUUCCCUCCCGUACCUGCAGCUUUCUUUAAAGCUGUUCUCUUAUUUAAACUCAUUACAGAAUUCAGUUGGUAAAUCUCUGCAUUUUAUACUGGGUGCCGCCAUCUUGUAUCAUGUGUAUUGUUGCAUCAUGUGACAGAAGCAGUGCACUUUCACAGAUCUGUGAUGUUACCGGCUUUUUGACAGCUGUACCUUUCACUUCAGUUCUCAUAAUAGAGAAUGGGAGCAUUAUAUUUUUGUAUAUUGUUGCUCAGUUUCAAAGUUACAUAACAAAUAUAAGCUCCAAGAUGGUGACGCCCAGCGUGAAGAUGCAGAGCUUCACUAACGGUUAAAAUAAAAGAAAGACUGAAGAGAGCUACAGGUACCGGAGAAAAGAACAGUAGCAUGGUAAGUUGUAACCCUGAUACUGUAGUUGUACCCAGCACUUUAAUGUCCUUUUAAUCAUUUAUGGAGUAUUCAACUGAGUUUUAAUGUCCCUUUAAUUAUUGAGCAGUUUUUACAUUUGUCCAGAACUGACCACAUCAAAGGAUACCGGUUACAUGAAUCACACCAGGCUUUUAAAUGGUUUUAACACAUUUCUUCUUGUACAGAUCUUUUGCAAUGCAAGCUGUUAUAUGACUUUUAUGUCCCUUUAAGCUGUGAGAUGCAUGAUAGUCAUCAGCAUGGGUACAAUGUGUGUUGCAAUUGCUGGAGGCUGUAGAAUAGGGUGAGAAGACGGGCAAGGUCUGCACAACAUGAUCCAGACAGAAAUGUGCACUAUUACUAAGGGGCAAACAAUUGCAAUGCACUUGAAGGGCUUCAUUGCAUAUUCCACAAAUAAUUGGGAUGAACGGCCUUGCUAAAAAUCUUUCCUAGACUUGUGCUCAAGUAAAUCUGAAACAUUUGCUUAAACCAGAACAUGUGUACUACAAACACUUCGUUUAAUCAAAGAUUCUAAGCUUACGGCUGUGUGGAAACGUACAGAAAAAUACAUUCAUUUUCUGGCAGUCAUGGAAGGUUGUGUAUCAGAUUGUUAAGCAGAUUAGUGCACAAGGUGCUGAAAGUUUUUUUUUUAUGCCAGAAAUAAUUUGUUCUGGGCAAAUUGUUUAUAGUGUCCGUCAUAAUGAAAAUAUUGCAGCUUUUUUUUUUCACUGAGGCCAGAACUGUAAUAUAUUCUAACUUGCAAAUUAUCACCAUUUAAGAAGGGAAAACUUCUUGCAAAACAUUGCUAACAUUUGGUCAUGUCUGCCCAAAAACAAGGCAUGCAGUCCUUCUAUGAAUGAUACUCUGUAUAAUUGUACAAACUGAGGGGGGGAAAGGGUGUUUAGUGAGGGACCAAACCUUUUUUUUUUCUUCUUCUUCUUCACAGUAUACAGCUGCUGCAUUUUUAUACAUACAUGUAAAUGUCUUUGUUGUAAAAUUUUAACCUUAUACAAUAAACAUUUUUUAUAAACUGUA